AACUGCCACAUCACAUUUGAACAUCCAAGUUGGCUUUCCUUCCGCCGUUGCUUAUAAAAUCUAACUCGUUAAGAGUAUCGAAAAUCGCGCUCUCCAAUUCCCAUUGCAUAUCUCCUCCCCCAAAUCUCUCCUCUUAACAAUCUCGCCGCGUCUUCUUCUCUUACUCGGAUUCCUCUUUUUCCUCCGCCGCGGACAUUCUUGCAAGAAAUUUAGUGGAAGAGAGGAGGCAGUUGUUGGUAGUGCUUGUGUUUCAUUCGUGGUCAGUAAAUGGGCUGCGUUCCGUCUAAAGGAAGAAGGCAGUUCCCUGGCUACGAGGAUCCUGUUUUCCUUGCUGCACAAACGACCUUUAGUGUCAGUGAAGUUGAAGCUUUAUUUGAGCUUUUCAAAAGCAUCGGCAGUUCAGUAAUAGAUGAGGGGAUAAUAAACAAGGAAGAAUUUGUAUUAGCUCUUUUCAAGAACAGGAAGAAAGAAAACCUCUUCGCUAGCCGGAUCUUUGAUCUAUUUGAUGUGAAGCAUAAAGGAGUUCUUGAUUUCGGCGACUUUGUUCGAGCACUCCAUAUAUUCCAUCCAAGCGCGCCUUUGGAAGACAAGAUAGUUUUUUCAUUUAAGCUGUAUGAUUUAGACAAUACGGGCUUCAUCGAGCGACAAGAGGUUAAGCUAAUGUUGUUAGCACUUCUGGGUGAAUCUGAAAUGAAAUUGGCUGAUGAAACAAUCGAGGCGAUACUCGAUAAGACAUUUUUGGAAGCUGAUACGAACCAAGAUGGGAAGAUCGACUUGUCGGAGUGGCAUUCUUUUGUUUUGAAGAACCCGUCGUUAUUAAGGAUCAUGACACUUCCUUAUUUAAGGGAUAUAACGACAGCGUUCCCAAGUUUUGUGUUCUAUUCGGAGGUUGAUGAGGCUGCUGCUUGAAGAAAGUACAUAGAAACAGAA